GAACAGUCCAAAUUUGAAGUUCCCUUUGUGGUUACGUCACGUCGAUGACAAAUCUCGUCCACAACAUUUUUGUCCUUUUACGGCAGUUACCAAAUUCUCGACCAAAUGUCGAAAAAUUUCACGAAUUAUGUUGAUUAAACAUCCGAAACCGGCAUCUAGAAAGUGGCUGAAGAAAGGAGCAGUAGCACUAUUCGUUUUCGAGGGUGCUUGUUUCGCUGGAAGUUAUUUUUUGUGGCAUAGAGCGAAUACAGAUAGAGAUUUCAGAAAGCAUCUAAAGGACAAUUAUCCGUUUUUGCUCGAGUACUAUUACAAGGCAGGCGAGUUACUGAACUCCCAGAGUAAUACCCGACAAGUGGACCAGAGCUAUUGGGGACAAGAGUAA